AAAUGCGGAAGAAAAGUUGAGGAAUCCGCUGCUUGCGUCGAAAGCGCGCAGGAAAGAAACCAAGAUAUAUAACAAUAAUAUCACAUUGUUUUAAUUAUACAGUUCGAACUGGACUUCUGCAGCAAUGGAGGCGAAUGCAUCCGCAGAAAAACCCAACGGCCUCCCCCUGUCCUGUCUCCGUCUCAUCGUCCCACCGCUGCGGCUGCUGUCGGCCGCAUUGUGGCAGGUGGCGAAGCGGAGGGAGGUUCUGAGUUAUGACAAGCUCCAGGACUUUGUGUUCAUGGUGACCGAAGCUUUCCCCGGCCUCCUCACGCAGAGACAGAGAGCCCAGCUGCUCCUGGGGCUCAGAGCCAGGCUGAUCCUGGAGCUGUGUAAGGGCUCGGUCCGAGGGGCUGUGGACCUACAGGCCGUCCAGAACCACCUAGAGAGGCUCCCGGUCUCCUCUGCCCACGAGCCCCGGGACGCCGACUUGGAGAGGACCGAGUCCAUGUUCAUCUCGCUGGUUCAGAGUCUGCUGAAAGACCCGACGGAGAGGGCCUACUUCUUCCAGGAGGUGUUUCCGGUCGAGUACGGGCCGAGUUACGACGGCGCGUUGCAUAUCCUGCUGUGGGAACUGCUGUCCAAGCUGGAGAAGGUCUUUACGGUCCCGGACCUCAAACAGACGGCGGCUUGGCUGAACUCUGACCUCUGUGCAGCUGAUGACUGUCUGCCCACCGUGGGCAGCGACCUGAGCCAAAUCCACCAGCACCACAAGAACCUUGGCCUCCUAAAGACGCAGUGCGGCCCGUCGUCGGCCAUCGGGGGCUGCAUCCUGUCCGCCAUGUCCAUCCCUCCGUCCCAGAAGGUGUGCAAAGCGCCCUCUGUGGGCCUGGAGGCCAUACACAACUACGCCCACCUGGUGAACCCCCUGGCCUUCGUGGAGGCGGAGCAGUACAGCAUGGUGACCGUGUACGAGGUGGAGGUGGAGCUGGGGGCGACGGAGGUCGGCGGAGACCUGGUGGACACCUCCGAGGAGAUCUGUCUCCAAACGGAGGAGCUAUCCGCCGUGGUGAGCGACCACGAUGAGGAAGUGGUCGAGGAGGAGGUGGAGGAGGAGGAGGAGGCGAGGAUGGACGGAGAAAAGGUGGAGGAAGGACAAGGGGGAGAUGUAGCCACAGCGCUGGAAACGCUGACCAUGAUUUUUGUACAAAAGGACGAGAUGCUGCAGGGCCAAAAUGAACCCGAAAUCAACUUGAAUGCCCUUCCUGUAACUGAGGUAGAGGAGGCUGUGACGAUGGAAGAAGGAAGCGAGUGCUGUGCCGAGCCGAUCCAUCUCCAAGAGGAGCAGGGGUCGCUUGAUGCCCACCUGCUGCCGGGAGGAUCCGACAGCCCUGGAUCUUCUGAGUCCAUCAGAGGUGAACUGGGAUCAGCGAACGAGUUGACUUGUCCCGGCGAGGGAGGCUGUGGGUCGACGGCCAAGGAGGAGCCGCUCUCUGAACCCCCACCCUCCCUGGGGGUUGGGGACAGGUCGUCCUGCCACCUCCACAUCGAGACUCUGACCGGUGGGCAGCAGGUUUUACAGCUGCACAACUCCUCACAGCAGAUAAUGAAAAAAGUGGAUGCUUCCAUUGCACCGUCUGUGAUCGCCAUCAAAGGCCUCAACACGGACGACUCUGGGGAGCAGGUGUCCAUCAUCUUCACCUGUCCCCAGUGUCCGUUCCACCACCGGGAAGGGGGGGCGGAGGAGGAGGCGGCGGAGGAGGAGGAGAACGCUCCGCCCCACAUCCACAUGCAGUCCGUCCCGGCCGAGGAGUUCCGAGCGCUGAUGGCGGCGAAGAGCGACGGAGCCGAGUUCGUCCCCACGCCCGGCGCCACCGACCAGAUCUUCACCUCCAUCAAGGUCCUCCCUCAGGGCAAUGCGGAGACGGCCCGGAAGGAGGCCAAGCCCGACCGGCCGGAGGACGACGACCCCCCCGACGGCGACGGCGCCGCCGACGACCCCUCCCCGGCCGGGGGCCGCCGCAAGGCGCUGACCUGCGGCACGUGCGGCCGGACGUUCACGCGCACGGCCGACGUGCGGCGGCACCAGCUCACGCACACGGGCGAGCGGCCGUUCCGCUGCUCGCAGUGCGAGCGCACCUUCCAGCACUCGUGGGACCUGGCCAAGCACGAGGCGCGGCAUCACGGCGCCGCCGUGGCCUUCGCCUGCACGGCCUGCGGCAGCUCCUUCGGCAACCUGCGCCGCCUCACGGCCCACCACCGGGGGGCGCACGCCGGCCAGUCCCGCCUGCCCCAGAUCUGCUCCAUCUGCGGCCGCAGCUUCGCCGCCGCCGCCGAGCUCCUGGAGCACCGGCGUAGCCACGGCGACCGGCAGCGCUACCCGUGCCGGCAGUGCGGCGACACCUUCGACACCAUGCUGGCGCGCUCGCAGCACCGCCAGAGCCACCACGCCACGCGGCACUUCAAGUGCCCGCACUGCGACAAGACGUACACGCGGCGCUCGGACGUGAAGCGCCACCAGGCCACGCACACGGGCGACCGGCCGCACCAGUGCUCCCAGUGCGGCAAGCGCUUCUCGCUGCGCUUCAUGCUGGCCAAGCACCUGACGGUGCACACGGGCCAGCGGCCCUUCCAGUGCGCCCACUGCCCCAAGCGCUUCACGCUGGCCUCCAUCCUGGCGCGGCACGAGCGCAUGCACACGGGCGAGAAGCCCUUCCUGUGCUCGCACUGCGGCAAGGGCUUCCUGUCGCGGGGCGAGCUGUCCAAGCACCAGCGCUCGCACGCCGACGACAAGCCCUACGCGUGCAUCCAGUGCGACAAGCGCUUCAAGAGCAAGCGGUCGCAGCGCGAGCACGUGCUGUCGCACACGGGCGCGCGGCCCUACCUGUGCACGCACUGCGGCAAGGGCUUCACCAAGCUGUACGCCCUGACGCGCCACAACCUCAUCCACACCGGCGAGCGGCCCUUCCCCUGCGCCCACUGCGGCAAGGCCUUCCUCACGCUGGGCGAGGCGCGGCUGCACCAGCGCAUCCACACGGGCGAGCGGCCGUACGCCUGCGGCGUGUGCCACCUCAAGUUCAAGAGCUCGUCGGAGCUGGGCCGCCACAAGCGCAGCCACGCCGGCGCCAAGGCCUGGAGGCUGAGCUGCGAGCAGUGCGGGAAGAGCUUCUCCUCGCAGGGCCGGCUGACCAAACACAUGGACGGGCACGCGGCCGGCCUGCAGGGGGCGCCGUCGCAGGGGUCCCCGUCGGCAGACUGCGGCCAGCAGGGGGCGCCGUCGGCAGACUGAGGCCACUAGGGGGCGCUGUGUCCAGCGUCUCCCUCUCUUUCUAAACGGUGUGAUGCGACUACUGUUGACAUGUUACGGCAAACAGAUGAAGUUAAAGUUCAAAUUGUUGCCUUGUUGAUCAAAUGGACCGGUGAUUAACUGAUGAUUGACCGGACCUCGGUAAGCUGCUGCAUGACGCCAGGGGGGCAACGUUAGAUCUGAUCCGUCUGAUUUGUUUUUGUUCAAUUUGUAUUAUUUUUGUAGCACUAAAUACAGUCCCCUAGGAAGGUGGGUGUUUGAACAUCUUCCGAGUUGAAACCUGUCUUGGUAAUUCUAAUUACUAACUGUACAUUAAAAAGUAUUUUUUGCUCAA